AUGGCUUCUUCCAGUCCCCUCGCCAGCCUGCUUGGCUGCCCCUCGAUUGACAGCUAUAUCUCCUCCUACAUGUCCUACUUCUUCCCAUGCUUCGCCCCCGAAAAGGGCACCACCAUCAACGGCGUCCCCUCAUUCCCAGACGAGAAAAGGAUCAGCCUACUCCACGUGCAGGACAUCAAGGCGCCCCGUCCGGCGGCGAUACAAGACGACGAUGUAGUUCGGCACCCGUACAGCAGCCCGGCCAUGGCGGCGCGGCAUUACCAACAGGGCGAGCUGCGGAAUAUGACGACCGAGCAGCUCAUCAGGCUGCAGCACGAGGCUGCGGAUGACCGUUGA